GCACCACACGUCCGCCCGGGCGCCCCCGCGAAGGCGCGCGCCUUCGGCGCGCGCCUUGGCCUGGGGAAGCCGCGGUCGCGGCCAUGGCGCGGGCUCGGCGAGGCGGCCGUGCGCCGUGAGGCGCGCGAGGGGUUACAGUUGGCCGGCGGGCCUGGCGGGCCUGGCGGGCCAGACUUUCUAAGGAGCUGACAUGGAGGAUGGCAGCGAAGAUGCUGAAGCUGCAGCGAUCGGCGAGGGCUGGGCGCGGACGCUGCGGGAGCUGACGCUGCGUGAGGGACGCUCCAGGCGCUCGGAGGUGGUUGGUACCUUGCCGGCCGGAGAAGAGAUCUUCAUUGCGAGCCUCAUUGGCAUGCGGGCCCAAGUCACCUCGCCCCGCACGGGCUGGAUCUCCACCUCGUGGGAGAAGCAGGCGACGGUGGAGGCUUUGGAGGUGGAGAGAACCAGCCCCGAGACCAACGACGACGCGCUGAGCCUGGCAGACCUGCCGCCGAUCGGCCCCGGCUGGGCCCGGACGUUGGUGGAGGCCAACGUCCGCGAAGGCCGCGCCAAGCGCUCGGAGCUCCGAGGAGCGCUGCCGGCCGGCUCUCGGGUGCUGAUUGCAGAGGUGCGCGGGCCAAGGGCCCAACUCAGUCAACCUUACGAGGGCUGGAUCUCGGUGGUGACGGCGCAGCAAGAGCCAGUGCUGGUGCAGGAGGAGGGGCCUGCGCGCAAGCGGUCCUCGUCCAGUGAGGACGCGGCAAAAGCGCCGGGCGCGAAGGCAGCUGCUUUGCCACCUGCAAAGGCGAAGGCGCCGGCACAGGCAACACCGGCGGCGGCGCCGGCAAAGGAAGCGCCAAAGGAGCCCAGCUCCAGCUCUGACUCUGGAUCUGGCUCCAGCGACAGCUCCAGUGACGCUGCCCGCAAACCGCAGGCGAGUGGAGCGCUGGCGAUGGGAGCUCAGGUGCCUCCCCUCCCUCCCGGUGGGCCGCCAGAGGAUGAGCCGCCAGAGGAUGAGUCAUCUUGGCGCGCCCGCGGGCUAGGAUGGUGGUGGACACACCAGAAGGCCGUUGUCUGCAAAGGUGAGUCGCGGCUGUCGGAGGUGCUGGGCGCCAUCCCGGCGGGGCAGACGGUCUUCGUGCAGGAGAUCCGGGCGGAGCGCGCCUUCAUCCGGGAGCCGCUGCAGGGCUGGAUUCCGAUGGCCUCGCCCCGGGGGCAUGCCAUCCUUGCGGCUGAGGCGCCAGCAACUUUCCCAGAGCCUGCGAAUGCGCCUGAAGUGGAGCCGGAGGAGGCUGGGAGGAAGCUUGCAGAGGUGGAACUGGAGGAGGCAACUCCGAAGGCGCUUCCCGGCAGCUUGCUGCUGAAGAAGCGCCAGGAACGGCGAUCGGAGCACGAGGAGAAGCGGGAAGCGCAAGCCUUGGAGCAGGCUGAGCAUGGGGAGGAAGCCGCACCUCGCCAGGAGACCAAUGCGAUGUUGGCGCUGCGCCACUCGGGCCGGGCGAGCGCGGGUGUGCCCGGCACCCUGCAGCGCCGGCCGCUUGUCUCGCUCGAGCGCAGCGCCAGCGCGCGCGUGCAGUUCUCGGAGCGGCCGGAGCCGGGAAAGCUGCAGAGGCGGUCGGAGAGACCCGCCGCGCGCGUGAGCGAGGCGGAGGUGCAGAAAGAUCCGGCGAAAGCGCAGGAGCAGACGGAGGCGACGCUGAUUCCUGGCAAGCUGUCUGCGAAGUUGCAGGAGCGGAAGGCGAAGACGGAGCAGGAAAGGAGAGAAGCAGAGGUGGCUGAGGCCAGAAGAAGAGAGGAGGCAAGGCAACUGGCCGAGGCGGCUGAGGCGGCUGAGGUGGCUGAGGCUGCCGAGGCCAGAAAAAGGGAGGCCAGGCAAAGGGAGGCAAGGCAACUGGCCGAGGCGGCUGAGGUGGCUGAGGUUGCUGAGGCCAGGAGAAUGGAGGAGGCGACGCAACUUGCGGAGGCCGCUGACGCGGCCGAGGUUGUUGAGGCCAGGCGAAGGGAGGAAGACAGGCAACAGACCGAGGCGUCUGAGGCCAGAAGAAGGGAGGAGGCAAGGCAACAGACCGAGGCGUCUGAGGCCAGAAGAAGGGAGGAGGCAACGCAACUUGCUGAGGCCGCUGACGCGGCCGAGGUUGUUGAGGCCAGGCGAAGGGAGGAAGACAGGCAACAGACCGAGGCGUCUGAGGCCAGAAGAAGGGAGGAGGCAACGCAACUUGCUGAGGCAGCUGACGCGGCCGAGGUUGUUGAGGCCAGGCGAAGGGAGGAAGACAGGACCGAACGUCUGAGGCCAGAAGAAGGGAGGAGGCAACGCAACUUGCUGCCGCUGAGGCGGCCGAGGUUGUUGAGGCCAGAAAGGGAGGAAGACAGGCAACAGACCGAGGCGUCUGAGGCCAGAAGAAGGGAGGAGGCAAGGCAACAGACCGAGGCGUCUGAGGCAAGAAGAAGGGAGGAGGCAACGCAACUUGCUGAGGCCGCUGAGGCGGCCGAGGUUGUUGAGGCCAGGCGAAGGGAGGAAGACAGGCAACAGACCGAGGCGUCUGAGGCCAGAAGAAGGGAGGAGGCAACGCAACUUGCUGAGGCCGCUGAGGCGGCCGAGGUUGUUGAGGCCAGGCGAAGGGAGGAAGAGUCUGAGGCAAGAAGAAGGGAGGAGGCAAAGCAACUUGCUGAGGCCGCUGACGCGGCCGAGGUUGUUGAGGCCAGGCGAAGGGAGGAAGACAGGCACCAGACCGAGGCGUCUGAGGCAAGAAGAAGGGAGGAGGCAAGGCAACAGAGCGAGGCGUCUGAGGCCAGAACAAGGGAGGAGGCAACGCAACUUGCUGAGGCCGCUGACGCGGCCGAGGUUGUUGAGGCCAGGAGAAUGGAGGAGCUUGAGGAGCAACGAAGGUUGGCUGAGCUUGCUGUGGUUGAGAAGGAGGAGGAGAGGCAGAGGGCCAAGGCUGCUGAGAUCAGGAGCGAUGAGGAGAGGUGGUCGGAGCAGGCCCUCGCAGAAGACAAGCUUCCGGCGGCGCAGAAACAGCCUGGUGCAGCUGGCAACGCGCAGCAAGAGACUUUAGAGAGUGUACUGCUUCUGCAGGGCUCACCGGCGUCAACACGAGAGGAUGGACUGCAGGGUGCAGAAACCGUUGGCUGUGCACCGGGCGUUUCAGAGCUGCCUCCGGCUUUGGAGCACCCGAAGCCAAUGCAAGAGGAGGAAUUGGCCGUCAAGACCAGCAUGCCCGCGAGUUGGCAGAGCGAGCCAAGUCCCAGCCCAUCCCGCGAGCGAUCCAGGGCCUUGUCUACAGGUGACCUCGUGCACCAUGCUCAGCCGAGGGGCGAGGCGACUGAAGCCAUUGCCACGCUGGAGGCAAUGAUGCUCCGGGUGCUGCACGGCCCCGUCCCCAGCUUCGACCCGGAGCCGGAGCGCCGGGCGCCGCGGGCCGUCGGGGGCGCCGGCAGCCUGGCUGGCCGCGAGCGAGGAGCAAAAGCGGGGAUGCCCACGUUCACGCGGCAGCCGGCGUCAAGGCCAGCGCCUCGGAACCAGCUGGAAGCGCCAAAACCGCCGGAGGUGGAGGAGGAGCCUUUGAACGAGUGGUGGGCCAUUGAGAAGGCGGAGUCGCAGCGCCGGCUGCGAGCGCUGGAGGCGCGGCUGGAGGCUGCGGAGGCCCAGGCGCAGGAGGACGGCCAGUGGGAAGGGAACGUGCCCAUGGUCAACGUAGGUCGGAGCCAUGCCACGCGGCAGUUCUGCGGCGAACUGCCCAAGGACGCGCGGCUCAGAGAGAGGGCGCGGCUCUGCGAGCAGGAGCUGCGGGAGGUCUCGGCGCGGCGAAGUCUGGAGGCGCGCGUGCGGCAGCUGGAGGCGGAGGAGUCGCAGCUGGAGGCCGAGGUCGCCGCCUCCGCCGCCGCCGCGGCCGAGGGCGGCGGCUUUGGUCGGCGGAGUGUCGGGGCGGAGGCCAGCGAGGCCAGCGCCGGGCGGAAGCAGAGCUUCCAGGCGCGGAGCGGCGUCGCGUGGAUCGCAUCUCCCGCUUUUCCAAGCCAAGCCCUCGGCGGAAUGUACCUGUCGGGCCUCCCCUUGGCCGCUCUGCUCUUCCUGGGCCAUUGCGCGGCCACAGGCGCCAGCUUGAGGGAUGCCACGCAGUGGCUGAAGCAGAUCUCCCAUCGUUCCCUCCGGGUGGAGGAGGCCCUGCUGGAGGUGCGGCAAAAGAACUACGUGCUGUGCGCCAAGGUUUUCGUUCACCUCACUCUGGUGGUGGUGAUGGCGCAGCUGAAGGAAUUCGUGGAGGCGCCCAACUGCUGCACGUUGGUGCGGCUGCUGGCGCCUGGGGCGGUGUACCUCUCACACGUGACUUUGGUGGUGGGGUGGCUGAAGCCCACUGUUUGGCAGGUGCGUCUGCUUUCCUUGUUCAACUACCUGAUCUUUGCGGCCUUUCUCCUCUUCAAUGCGAUCGCCGAUCUCGAGGCCGCCAGCCGCAUUUGGACGGACAAAAUGAUCAUCGCCAACCGCUUCGUCUUCACCAUCGUCUUCUUGGACACUCACCUGGCUGCCUGGGGCCAGCUUCUGUUCUUGCUGGUGAAUCUCUUUUCCAAGGCGAUCAACGAGGGUUCGAGCUUCAUUUUUAUGCUGGACGAGCUGAGCAUCUGCUGCGCCAACCUGAUGCUCUCCGUGGUGCUGGAAGCUCUGAUUCGAUCUCGCAUCCAGGCCAUGCUGGACUCGGCGGACGCCGAGAGCAUGGUGGCCAGCUUCCGGCGGAUGCUGCGGGGCCUUUGCGACGGGGACCUGCUGCUGGACAGCAACCUGAGGAUCCAGGGGGAGGCCCACUGCCUGAAGCAUUUGCUCUUCAGCAGCACCACCAUGCAGGGCCGCGACUUCACGGAGCUGCUGGCCCCCAGCGAGCAGGAGCGGUUCCGAGCCUUUCUUGAGGCCAAAGCGGGUGAGACGCAGGCGGCCCCGCCCUGCCUGCGCGUGUCUCUGCGCGGGUCCAUGGACACCCGGGUGAGCGCGGACGUCUUCCGCGUGCCCGUGGCCGGGCUGAUGGGCGCGGAGCACCCUUACCACUUGCUGGCACUCAAGGAGGACUCCGAGGCCAACCUCCCGGAAGUCGAGCCGGUGCCGUUAGACCUCGGCACGCGGAAGGCCAAGGGCCGCUGCCGCAGCUCGGGGAGCUCCCGGAGCUCCCGGUCCCGGUGUCGCUCCGGGCCUUUGGAGGAGAUGACGCUGAUGCUCAACAUGAACACGGCGCACUAUGAGGUGGAGCAGGCGCACCUCAGCUUCAAGAGUGUGGCAGAGACGCCCACCCUGCGGAAGCUGGUGCGGCCCACGGACUGGGAGACGAUCCGGGAGAACCUGGCGCAGAUCUUCUCCGCGAAGGUGAAGCCCAAGACACUCUCCAACGUGCGCCUGCGCUACCCCGGAAGCUCCGGGUACCUCUUGGCGCAGAAGGUGAAGGUGUCUGUCCACACGUCUCACGCUGGGUCCAAGCUGCGGCUCCACUUCCAGGAUUUUGCCCAGGAGACCUCGGAGAGGCAGGGAGGGCAUAUGCGGGAUCUGGCCUGCAUCGCCGAGCGCGUGAGCGAGCGCGGCUCGAGCCGGCGGGAGGUUUUGUGUCCUGAGCCUCCGCCAGCACCCAGGUCCUAG